CAGAAAAGAAAAGAAAAACUGCUACUAACAGGGAAAUGGAGCAGUUGCUUAAUUUAGUCCAAGCGAGAGGAAAUAGAAGGGCAUUUUUGGUAAUUAAAGACGGAACAAGCCACUGCAACAAGCAAGCUCCCCUCUUCCCCUCCAUUAGCUGCAGUACGAUUUGCUUUAAAAUCUCUCUCCAAACAGUCCAAACAGUACCAAAGAAAAAAAAAGUUCGAUAAAUCUCUCCAUUUUUUUUUGUUUAUUUGAUUGGUUUUGCUUUUCCCGUAGUCAUUGUUGCUGAGUUUGAACAUUUUUGAAAUUUGAUUGUCUUCUUAGCUUUAGCUGCUGCGACAGUCAAGUGAGCAAUAGUGAAGUUAUCGAUUUAUAAGCCAUCUCUUUGAAGGGUUUGAUAUUGCUUUGAAGAAAUGCUUGUGUCUGCUUUACUCACAUCUGUGGGAAUAAAUUCCGGCCUCUGCGUAUUGUUCUUCAUAUUGUAUUCGAUAUUGAGGAAACAGCCAAGUAAUUAUGAAGUUUAUAUACCACGCUUGCUUGCUGACGGGAAUUCUAAGCGGAGAACUGGUUUCAACCUAGAAAGACUAAUACCAUCUCCUGGUUGGGUGAAAAGGGCAUGGAAGCUUUCUGAAGACGACCUCUUGUCAACAUCUGGCUUAGAUGCUCUCGUCUUUAUGCGUGUUAUAACCUUUAGUUUAAGAGUAUUUUUGUUCGCUGGGGUUAUUGGGAUAUUUGUUCUUCUCCCAGUUAAUUGCACAGGAGAUCAGCUAAACAAUAUUGAUUUUGCUGAUUUGACAAAUAAUUCUUUGGAUUUGUUUACCAUUUCCAAUCUAGAAAGUGGCUCAAAAAGGUUAUGGGCUCACUUUUCUGCUGUGUAUCUUGUCACUGCAUUUGUUUGCUAUCUACUCUAUUAUGAAUAUAAAUAUAUAACUGCUAAAAGGAUUGCUUAUUUUCACUCAACCAAACCUCAGCCUCAUCAAUUCACCAUCUUAGUACGCAGUAUACCUGUUUCUGCUGGGAGCAGUGUUAGUGAGAGUGUUGAAAGAUUUUUUUUGGAGUAUCAUCCUUUCACAUACCUGUCACAUAUGGUUGUUCAUCGAACAAGUAAACUUCAAAGUCUCAUUAAAGAUGCAAAAAAAUUGUAUAAAAGGCUUACCCACUUACAAUCAGAUCCAAAUCAGCAGAAGUAUAGGCAUAUUGGGUUGUUUGGACACAAGGUUGAUCUGGUGGAUCAUUAUGGAAAGAAAUUAGAAGACAUAGAGGAGAAUCUGAGAUUAGAGCGAUCUGAAGUUUCAUUGGCAGCAGAAGAAGUUGGAGCAGCGUUUGUCUCUUUCAAGACUCGUUAUGGUGCUGCAGUUGCUUUCCACAUGCAACAAUCAACUAAUCCAACACAGUGGGUUACAGAACAAGCUCCUGAGCCACAUGAUGUCUACUGGCCUUUCUUUUCAUCAUCAUUCAUGAAAAGAUGGCUUUCUAAGAUUGUUGUUAUUGUUGCAUGUAUUUUCCUGACAAUUCUAUUCCUUAUUCCUGUUCUGGUUGUGCAAGGUCUUACUAACCUUAAUCAGUUGGAAAUUUGGUUUCCAUUCUUGAAAAGCAUUCUGACCAUAACUUUCAUCAGUCAGGUAAUUACAGGGUAUCUUCCCAGCCUUAUACUUCAGUUGUUUCUUAAGAUUGUGCCACCAAUAAUGGAAUUUCUUUCCACCAUUCAAGGAUACAUAUGUCACAGUGAUAUUGAGAAAAGUGCAUGUAACAAAGUGCUCUGGUUCACAAUAUGGAACAUAUUUUUUGCAACUGUAUUUUCUGGAUCAGUUUUAUAUCAGGUUUCUAUCAUCCUUGAACCAAAGAAUAUUCCUGCAAGGCUUGCUGUUGCUGUUCCUGCACAGGCAUCUUUUUUCAUUGCUUACGUCGUAACAUCUGGAUGGACGAGUACCUCAUCAGAACUUUUUCGCAUAAUUCCUUUUAUUUGCAGUCUUAUAAGAAGACCUUUCAGUUGUUGCUCAGAUGAAGAAUUUGAAGUUCCAGCUAUUCCUUACCACAGAGACCUUCCAAGAAUUCUUUUUUUUGGACUUCUUGGAAUUACAUAUUUCUUCCUUGCACCAUUAAUUUUGCCCUUCCUCUUGGUGUACCUCUGUCUUGCUUAUGUAAUCUAUCGCAACCAGUUUCUAAAUGUAUAUGCACCUAAGUAUGAGACUGCUGGGAAAUUUUGGCCUAUUGUGCACAAUUCGAUGAUAUUUUCUCUUGUACUUAUGCAAGCUAUUGCAGUGGGAAUCUUUACGCUGAAGAAGCUCUCUUUAGCAUCAACUUUAGUUUUUCCUCUUCCUGUCCUCACCCUUCUCUUCAAUGAGUACUGCCGGAAACGUUUCUUGCCAAAUUUCAUUGCUUACCCUGCUGAGGUUUUGAUAAAGAGAGACAGGGAAGAUGGAAAUGAUCCUACAAUGGAAGAAUUCUAUGAUAACUUAGUGACUGCCUAUCAGGAUCCAGCCAUGUUGCCAAUUCAGUUUUCUCCAAAUGUUGACAGUCUUAAUCGCCCUCUUAUAUUGGCUGCCGAAGUUUGACAUUAAGAUCAAGAUGGAAAGCAAAAUCAUGCUGCCAAUAGCUGAAGGUCCAUCUCCUGCACAGGCGAAAACUUUUACCAUCAUGUUAUACUUGAAUUCACUGCUGUUCAGGCAUCUCAUAUCACCAUCGUAUCAUCACAAAGUUAAGACAAAUAGGAAGUCAUCCUCGCGGCACAGUUGCGAUUACCUGGUAUCUCCAAAAUGGUUGAAUUACAUGGUAGAUGAGAUUAUAGCAUGGUAUCUAAGGGAAAAUCUCAAACUAGCAACUCAUUCGUUUCUACACAUACUAUAGUCCCUCAGGUUUAGUUUAACUUUAUUCGACUUAUGAUACUAUCAUAGAGAAUGAAUAGAUUUGUUCUUAUAAUAAGGUAAAAACAUCUUGGGAUCUAUUUAGGGUGUGAGUUAGGAAUAUCUGGGGUGUCUGGCAUUACAGAAAGUCAAACCUGAACUCUCCUUUCUUUCUAGCUUUCUGCAUAAUUUAUUAUUAGUUAUUUGUUUUGUGAAAAUUUUCUAGUGAAAAUGCCAGAGACAAAGUCAAGAGUUCAUUCUUCAUUUAACCUUAAUCCAUACAGUCAUUGAAAGGUAAAAAGCUCUUCUUUUCAUCU